GUUGCUUUUGAAGUUCAAAGGCGGUGGCGCCACUGACCUCUAGAGCGAAAGAAAGAGCUUAUGGAAUUGUCUGGCACAGACUCGAUAGCCGCAUCGCCGCAUCCGUCAGUCGUCGUCAUCCUAUUGCCACAUGGCCUCACCCCGUUCGACCUUAGGCGUGGCUCCGGCCCCGCCCGAAGCCAAUUUAGGCGUGAGCUUGCGUUUCGUGUUGGCUCAAGGCAAGAAUGAAAGCACUUGCUCGGACGAGAUGAGCGAGGCCUUUGAGGUGGCCCUCAAAAACGACCUGGCCCCACUCUGGAUCCGGGAGAUUGAGGCGCUAGAACUGCCUCUACCGGGCAAAACGGAUGUGUUCGUGAUGGAUCCAUUUUCUGGACCGGCUUUUGAGAAACUCCAGUCGGGCAAAUGCGCCGUGAUCGGUCCUCGUUGUCUGCUCAGUUCGUUAAGCGAGGGCCAAAGCGUACCCGAUCUGCCGUAUCCCGUGUACACCACGGCCAUGCGUGACCUGGUCAUCACAUCCACCGGGUUUGUCAAAGACGACAAGGCCCAAUUGCAACGCUCCGUGGAACGCAUGGGCGGGAUCUACGCCAAUUCGUUUCAUGAGGGCGUCACCCAUCUCGUGGCUGACGUGGUUCGCUCUCGCAAAUAUGAAGUGGCCGUGGAGAAGGAUAUCCCAAUCAUGAGCUCGGAAUGGGUCCAGGUGGUGUGGGAUAAGAGUAAGCACGGGACUUUGCACGCCACGGACAAGCAAUUCGCCAAAUACGCGUGUCCGGCACUCAAAGGCUUGUGUAUUACCGUAUCCCAGAUGUACAAGAAAGACAAGGAUCUGUUGCGGAAAUGUAUCGAAAGCCACGGUGGAAUCUAUUCGCCCGUUUUGGACAUGGAGAAGACGGUGAUUCUCGUGAUUCCAAAAGCCGAGGGCGAGAAAUUCGAUUACGCCCGCAAGUGGAAGAUCCCGUGUGUCAAGCCCGAAUGGGUGUAUGAUUCCAUUUCGAAAGGCUAUUGUCUGCCCACUCUAGACUAUCGUGUUGAAGAAAGAAAAGUGUCUACGCCCACCCGCUCGGAUCGGUCCAUGGCCUCCAAGUUAGACGAAGUGUCUAUGUGUAGCACAAUUCUCGGACCACCCGAAUUGAAUGACGAAACCGUCACAAAGCAUGUGGACGAGACGGUGGGCAAUAACACCACCAUGAAAAGUCCUGGUGCGAAUCGAGGCGAUUUAUCGACUAACACCAGGAAAGCGACCAUCGCCUCUCUUUUCAAUCAAUUGGAUCUCCAGCGCGUGAAAAAGGCCGGCUCCUUCCUUGAGGGAUGUCGAGUAUUCACGAGUGGAUUCACAGAGAGCCAGGAAACCCACUUGAGUCGAGUUCUGCAACAAGCCGAGGCCAUCAAGCACAAUCAGCUCACCGAUUCCGUCACUCACAUGAUUAUUGGCAAGCGAGACCCAGAGCAUUGGCAAUUGCUUCAACGGCACGGCAUUCAACCCUACAAGAUGACCUUGCCAUGGGUGGUUGAGAGUAUGCUCAUGGGUCACCCGGUUCCCGAGGAGGAUUUCCUCUACAACGACAAACGAACCAGUGACACGCAAGUUCUUCCCAAUCCCGAAGAACAACUCACCCAAUUUGAGAAUGACCUGAUGAGCCAAUACCAAGGCAUGGGAUCGGUUAAGCCCACCAAGGAAGACCCCAAGGAUGAAACUAUUCAAUUCAAGGUCAACAACGACGUUAGCCGAGCGGACGGACCAGCGGAAGAGUCGUCAUCCUCGACCCAAGUCGAGCGGUUCCUUCAAGACAAAAAAUUAGCAUUGUCCGGUUUUGACGAGACUACCGAGGCUGAUCUAAGUGAUUGGGUCAGUGAAGCGGGUGGAGAAUUAGUAUUUAGUGACUUCAAGGGAACACUGGACUUCCUAGUGGUGCCGCCCAAUGGGGCCAAUAGUGAUUUCAAGGCUCUAGAGACCGUAACAUCUAUGUGGUUGGAGGAAUGUCUAGACGCGGGACAACUAAUUCCCUUAGAUUAUUGGCAUCGACCUAUGAAACCCCUUCCUCUGGAUCCUCUACCUUGUGAAGGAGUGGUUAUGGGAGUGACCAUUUAUUCUGGACGGGAAAGAAUUUUCAUUACCAAGUUGGCCGAACAGGUGGGAAUGGUGGCUCAAGAGAUUUUUGCCAAACGAGAUAAGGAUGGAGCCAAGAAAUCCACCCACUUGAUUUGCUCCAACUCGGAAGGUGCCAAGUACGAGGCGGCUUUGAAAUGGAAAUUGCCCGUUGUGACCAAGGAUUGGCUUUUGGCCUGCUAUUACCAACGGGAAUGGGUUUCUGAGCGUACAUUCCUCAUUGGAAAAUCCAAUGCUGUUACACCAAACAGGUCCGAAGUGACGCCCGAGGUCCUUGAGCAAGUGAAAAAUGGUCCGAGGGAAUCAAAGGAGACGAACAUUGAACAAAAAGAUGAAACUUUGGAUGACACCAUCUCGUUCAAGACUCCAGUCCAGAGCAGGAUGCAAAAGUCCAAGAAGAUGAUCCUGAACCUAGAGACACCUGGAGAGCAUCUCGACCUUGAGAAGCUCCGUCCGAAGCCCAUGAAUUUCACCCCUUCACCGUCAGUCGGUAACGAGGGUGGCCCAUCUCGUUGGACUGCUGAUUCGCAACCCUCGCCAAGUCAAGGAACGCUCAAACGGAAACGGGAUCUCGAAACUGAUAAUAAUUUGCCAUUCUUCUUGGAUGCCGUGAAAACGCCCAAAACACCUUAUGGGGCCUUUGUCAAUUCAAACCCGUCCACCCAAGUGAAGAAGUUCUGGAAGCGUCAAUGCGACGAGUUGGGACGCUACGAGAUGUCUGAACUAGAGAAAGAAAAUCUACGCGAGGAUCGCGAGAAAAUUCGCGAAAGGUACGAAGAAGUCGACAAAGAGCAAUCCGGAUCCAAUGAUGUGCCCUUGUACAACGCAGAAAUGGCGAAAGAAGAUCAGCAGAAAUCUCGGGCCUAUUUACAGAAGAAAGGCAUUCCCACGAUUGGUCAGGAUGGAAAGAGCUUUGAGGAGCUAAUGGAGGAGAAGAUGGCUAGAUCGGGACGAAGCUGGAAGAAUAUGCCCAAGAGAAGAAAAGUGGAUGAAGAAAGCCCUGAGCGGCCAGACAAAGCCAAAGCGUGCUUAUCUGGUGUGGUGAUUUUUGUGGCGAAGAAACACAGAGAAAUUCAAGCCGAUAUACAUUCCAUCGUCUCAUCAUUGGGAGGAGGAGUAUGCCAUUCCUAUGAUUCGGCUCUUGUGACUCAUGUCAUUUUCUCCGGUCGAGUCAAUGACUUGUGCAAGGAAUAUCGCGUGGCUAAGAAGGAUGGAAAAUUUGUGGUGUCUCCGGAUUGGGCGUACAUGUGUCGUGAUGAAAAGCGAAGGAUCGAGGAAGAUACCUUUCCCCACAGCUUCAAUCCGAAAAAGACCCUCAACAUUACAAUUUCCUCUUCUCAGUCUGUGAAACGUGCCCCUAAAAAGAGUCGGGUGAAGGAAGAUAUGGCUGACGAUACUGAUUGUACGCUGACCAAAGCGCCUGAUGAUACACCCAAUGUGGCUGAUGACAUAUCAAGCCAUCUGGCUAAGAUUGCCGAGAUUGUUGAUGCAUCCAAUGGCAAGGACAAUUCACGACGAAGUAUGCGAAUAUCUUUGACCACGGGUCGUCAAAGUCCUCAUUCCGAAAGUAUUGCCCAUGAGACGACCUUAACGAGGCGAAAUUUAGCGGGAGAAUUUGUGGUCGGUGGAGGGCCCGACUCUCAAGCAGUUCAAUGGCAUGAUCCAAAUGAAGAGGAUGAGAGGGCAAAGUUGAAGGCAAGAAUGGAACUGGAUACGCAAGUUUUGAAAGUUAAUCUUGAGAAAGAAGAAGAGGAGAAGGCGGGCCAGGAUUUGACCAACAAUGACAACACAUCGUCUAGGAAGAGCAACACGAAUCAGCCGACCUUUGGCUCUAUGGAGAUGCCAGACAAUCUCACUGAGUUGAUGGGCGAUGAACAAAACGAAUCUACUAUGCUAUUGCCCGACCGCGUUCCGAAACGCUUCAUGAUGUCUUGCUUAUCAGAGAAAGACCGAGCUCGAUUUGUGACCUUCCUGGAAAAACACGAGGUCGGUCACAGCAACGCUCCGAAUUGCGAUGCCGAUGCCACGCACAUUGUGGCUCCCAAAUUGACCCGCUCAGAGAAGAUGUUGUGCAGCAUUGCUUCGGGCAAGUGGAUCCUUCACCAUUCUUACAUUGACGCUUGCAUUCAAGCCGACGAAGUCCUCGAUGAAGGCCCCUACGAGUGGGGCAAUCCCGGAAACGCUUACUUGAAGGACAUGAACAACGACUUGGAGAGGAAAGUGGCUAUGGCUGGUUAUCGUUGGCGAAUGAGAUUAGGUCGUGAGAAGCGUCAAGGCGCUUACUCGGGCAUCAAGGCCAUUCUGCACACGUCCAAACCCCGCUCCGAGGCUUUCAAGCGACUUUUGUUGAUGGGCGAUGCUCAAGUUUUGGACGUGCUCCCGCCGUAUAGUGAUCCUCAAGGUGCCACUCAUUGCUUCGCGGAGAUGCAGCGAAUGAAGGGGGUGUCUGUGGACUUUCCAGCCUUGGCCAAACACGGCGUGGCCAUGGUGGGGCCUCUCUUCAUUAACGAGUUUCUCACCAGUGAAACGCCACCCAAAGUGGAAGACUACUUGGUGGAAGAAUUUCAAGUCCAUUGGAACAAGAGCAAACAUUAGAAGAAACACUCUCAAACGUGUGUUUUAUCCUGGACAAUAUAAGAUUCAGUUAUUUGGA